AUGUCGUCUGUUGUUGAAGUGGUUGGUGUGGCCCCGCUUGAUUGCUCCGAGGACUGGGUUGAAGGAGAUGAUCCACUGGGUGUCACAGUUGUGGUGACAAGCGCAGUUGAGCUGGCGGUGGGCUGUGUCACAGACGCGUUCGGACCAGAAGCAGACUCACCGCAUGAGGUUGAAGGAAUAGAUGGACCUGAAGAGGUCGAUAGCGACAAAGAAGAUUGGCUAGAAGCAGCCGAUGAACUGCCCAAAGAUGAGCCGGUAGAAGAGUCCAAAGAAGAAAAAGAUGACGACGAAGACAAAGAUGACGACGAAGACAAAGAUGACGACGAAGACAAAGAUGACGACGAAGACAAAGAUGACGACGAAGACAAAGAUGACGACGAAGACAAAGAUGACGACGAAGACAAAGAUGACGAAGGAGUGGGCGAAAAGGAGAGAACAGACGAAGUGAUAGAAGAACUGGGAGAUGAGAUGGAAGGAGUGAAAAGGGGAAUAGAAGAAGAAGAGCCUGGAGAGACGGAAGAUAUAACUGAAGUAGGAAUCAACCAAGUCGACGACGACCGUAUAGGAGAAGACAUCGGGCUAGAUCUUGUAGAAGAAGUGAUGGUCGACGACCGGCUCAGUGUUGUCGACGAAGGGGUACCCGACAGCGUCUUAGAAGGCGUCAAAAUAGGCGUCACGGGGGUGGGAGUCGGGGUCAACGUAGCAGACGUGGUAGAGCUCGGUGUCACAGUGUAA